AUGUCACUAAAAGUAUAUUGCCGAGAACGAAUUUUUAACGUGAUAAAUAAAAUAACGGAAAAGAGCAGAUAUGUAAUUAUGAUAGUAGAUCUUAAUUCUUAUAAAAUAUUAUCUUUGUUAUGUAAAAAUGAAGAAUUAUUAGAAAGAGGAGUAUCAUUAAUUGAAUUAAUAAAUUCUGAAAGAGAUAAUUUAGAAGAUUUUGAUUGUAUAUAUUUUCUUAGUUCGAAUAUACAAAGUGUUCAUAUAAUGAUUAAUGAUUUUAAAGAUGAAAAACAUACUAAAUAUAAAAAUAUACAUAUUUUAUUUACAUCAAAUAUUUCAAAAGAUAAUGAAAUUCUUGAUUUAAUUGCUUCGAAUAAUUUUAUUUUAAAAAGAAUUAAAAGUUGUGCUUGUAUAAAUUUAAAUUUUUUUGCUUAUGAAAGUCGAAUUUUUUAUUCCCAUAAUUCUCUUAGUCUAUAUAAUUAUUUUCCUUUAAUAAAUAAUGAUAUAUUAUCACAAAUUAGUUCUAUCUUAUUAUCUGUCUGUUCAUGUUUAAAAAUAUUUCCAUCAAUCAGGUAUCAAAAUUCUGAAUUGUGCAGGUCCUUUUCACACAUUUUUUAUAAUUCGAUAAAAAAUUUGCACACAAUAUAUAAUGAUAAAAAUAAAAUUACAAACACAAACAUAAACACAUAUACAAAUAAAAAUAAUGAUAUCCAAUCAGAUAAUAACAAUAAUAAUCAUAUGAACAAUGACAUAUACCAUUAUAAUAAUAAUAAUAAUAUAAACGAUGAUAUACUUUUAAUUUUGGACAGAUCGAUUGAUACCAGCAUUUUGUUUAUACAUGAUUAUUCAUAUCAAAGUCUCUGCUAUGAUCUGCUAAAUAUUAAUACAAUAUAUGAAAUGCAUUUCGAUCAGACGAAGAUAAAUGAACAACCAAAUGAAGAUAAAUAUAGCAAUACAUGUAAUGAUAGUUAUUAUGAUGAUAAAAAUAUAGAAAUGGCGAAAAAAAAAAAAAAAAAAAAUAUCGACGCACAUACCGUCCUUUUCGAAAUAACAAAUAAUGAUCAAAAAAAAGAAGAAAAAGAAGCCCUCCUUUCAGAAGAAGAUCAUUUAUGGUCUAGUUAUCGACAUCAUCAUAUUCAAGAUGUUAAUGAAAUUAUAAAAAAUGAAAUAUCAGCAUUUACCGAAAAAAAUGCUGUAGUCAAAAUUCAAAAAAAAAAUGUAUUAAAUCCAACAGAAGCUCUAGACGCAUUAAGAUCUCUACCACAAUACGAAACCUUAAUUGAACAAUAUUGGUUACAUUACUAUUUAUGUAAUAACUGUUUUAAAUUGUUACAAGAUAAAAAUAUUGUUGAUGUUGGUUUAGUUGAACAGGAUAUAUGUUGUAAUGUUGAUAAAUAUGGAAAGGAAUUAAAUCAUCAAAAAAAUUUGGCCAGUGUUAAUACUAUUAUUACAAGUGAUGAAUAUGAUCAAGAGGAAAAAACUCGUCUUCUUUUAUUAUAUUUUAUGAAUUAUAUUAAUAUUAAUGAUAAUGAUAAAAUGAAAAUCAUCGAAUCUGCUCAACUGAAUUUGUUUAUGAAAAAAAUUAUUAAUGAAUUCUUAAAAUUGAAUUUACAUAAUUCGGGAUAUUAUUCUGCUUCAGACGAACCAAUACAAUUAUCAUCAAAUAAAAUACAUCAUGUAUUAGAAAACAGUAACAAAAAAAAAAUUAAGCAUUACAAAAAUGUGGCUAAAAAUUCGAAAUAUGAAUUAAGUAGACAUGAACCAAUCAUUAAAGAUAUAAUACUAGAUAUAUAUAACGACACCCUAGAUAAAAAUUAUUUCCCUCAUGUUGACCCUACGCAUCAACAAGAAAUAAAGGGGGGACAUGCUUCUCAUGAAAAUAAACAAAAUGUUUCACGAGGUACCAUAUGGGAUUUUAAAACAGAGAACAAAAAUCAAACAAAGAAAGAGAAAAAAAGAAAAAUCCUUAUUUUCAUUAUAGGAGGUAUUACUUAUCCGGAAAUAAAACAAAUAUACGAAAUGUCAAACGAAUUGGACGUGGAUAUAUAUUUGGGUGGAACAAAUUUAUUAACAAGUAAGGUGAUAUUUGACCAAUUUAAGCAACUUCCCAUUUCUUAA